AUGAUUCAUCAGGUAAACCUAUCGUAUUCAUCUCAUUCGUGUGCAGCUUACAACCUUUCUUCUGCACUGCGUCUUCUCCACUUCGUCACAGCCAUCGUCCGACGAGCUUCAUCACAGGUGAGGAAGGUGGAUAUGCUUGAUGGAGUGACCGUGGUCAGAUACAAGAAGGUUAAGGAUGAAUUGAUUCUAGAUGGAAAUGACAAUGAGCUUAAAUGUGUUAUGAAGAAAAAGGAUAUCCAAAAGUUUCUUGUUAUGAAGAACAAGGAUAUCCAAAAGUUUCUUGAUGGUAACUAUGUGAGUAACAAGGGAAAGAUAGAGUUCUGUGACAAUUGA